AUGGCUGCAUACACCAAACUUGAGGACGCCCCGCGGGCUUUGGGUGAGGAGAGUGAUAGAGAUACGCUCUUAGGUUACGAGACUGGGCUCGCCAUACCCCGAAAGCCGCGGCCGUGGUGGCGGCGUGUCCAGCUCCCAGUCUUGUACCUCUCCAACCUCUUGCUCCUACUAAUAAUCUGGACCCUAUCUCUUCAAAACCUGCACCUGUCCCGUGAGAGUGGAAGAGAUCCAUCUUCAACCGUCUACUCACCGGCAAAUGAGGCGAUUGAAUACGAGGAAAAGUUAUUCAAGGGAGGCUUCUUCACCAAAGCGAACGAGUACAUGGGCUUCCCGACCAAAGAGACAGAUGAGGCGUGGAGCGAUCUGUUCAAUUUCGGCGUCAGCGUUAUCACACCCGAGGAGGCAGCCAAACUGCCGAUGCCGACACUGCCGAUCCCUGACACGGACAAGUACCUCGUCGAGUUGGAGGUCUUCCACGUCCUGCACUGUCUCGACGAUAUCCGCAAAGUGUUCUACCCGGAGUGGUACGGUCCAGCGAUUCUAAACUUGACACAGCCCGACGGCUCACUGGACCGGGACAACAACUUUUUCCGUCACUUUGACCACUGCAUCGACGCGAUCCGCCAGUCGGUUAUGUGCCACGCCGACGUGUCGCCCAUCUCGUUCCACGUCGUGCUGCCACCGGACGACGUUGACGAUGUCGGCACGGGCAUCUUCCCACGCCUGGGCACUAAGCACACGUGUCGGAAUUUCGAGAAGAUCCAAGACUGGGCGCGUGCGCGUACCGUCGGCCGAUGGAGCCCAAUCCUAACUGCAGAAGAGGCGCGGCGGGUGGCAGAAGAGGCGGGUUACGACCAGGCAUCUCUUGAGGAUGAUCCGAUCUGGGGCUCGUAG